CCAAUCAAUUGUUUGAACUUCAGUUUGAAAAAAAGUUCGCCACUUUAAUUUUAUAUAUGGUAACUGUUAAGAUCAAGACAAUCAUAUAGUCAAUUAAAUCAAUUGUAUCCAUUUAGGAACAUAGAAUCCAUAUAAUCAACCACUUCCAUUCAAAUCAAAUCAUAUAUAAUUCAUAGACACCAUGUCAGGAUCAGCAGGAUUUGAUAGACAUAUUACUAUCUUCUCUCCAGAAGGAAGAUUAUUUCAAGUUGAAUAUGCCUUUAAAGCCAUCAAUUCAGCCAAUAUCACUGCUUUAGGUGUAACAGGUAAGGAUUCUGCUGUUUUAAUUUCACAAAAGAAGAUUCCUGAUAAGUUAUUAGAUGCAAAGACUGUAUCUUAUUUAUUUAAAAUAACUCCAUCUAUUGGAUUAGUGGCAACUGGUUCAAUUGCGGAUGCUAGAACUCAAGCUUUAAGAGCAAGAGCUGAAGCUACUGAAUUCCGUUAUAAAUAUGGUUAUGAAAUGCCAGUAGGGAGUUUAGCCAAAAGAAUGGCCAAUUUAUCUCAAUUAUAUACCCAAAGAGCUUAUAUGAGACCAUUAGGAGUGGCAUUAACUUUCUGUCAAGUUGAUUUUGAAGAUGAAAAUAGAGGUCCACAAAUCUUUAAGUGUGAUCCUGCUGGGUAUUAUACUGGUUUCAAAGCAGUUGCCACCGGUCCAAAACAACAAGAAGCUACUACAUAUUUGGAAAAGAAAUUCAAAAAAACUGAUCAUGUAAAGGGUGAUUGGAAAGAAACAGUGGAAUUUUCAAUUUCAGCAUUAAGUUCAGUAUUAGGAACUGAAUUCAGAAAAAAUGAUAUAGAAAUAGGUGUUGCUACUGAGGAAGGUUUCAGGAUUUUAACUCCAGAAGAAAUAGAUGAAAGAUUAGUAUCAAUCGCAGAACAAGAUUAAAUAUGAAUAUUUUAGAAAUGUAUAUUAUUUUGAUCUAACCUAAUUUUAUUUUAAUGUAUGAAAGUUUAAAGAC